AUGCCAGACCCUCUGGCAAAUAAGUACAUCGCGCUUGGCGUUACGGGCAGCAUAGCCUGCUACAAGGCGGUUGACCUCGCCAGCAAGCUGACGCAGGCGGGUGUACUCGUCGAUGUCAUAAUGACGCGGGAGGCCUGCCAGUUCCUCGCUCCCCUCACUUUCCAGAGCAUAACGCAUCGUCCCGUCGUAACGGAUGUAUUCGAUCCGCAAUCCGAACUGAGCAUAGACCAUGUAGCCAUUGCAGAACGAGCCGAUGCGGUCAUUGUCGCUCCUGCGACAGCGAACACGAUCGCCAAGAUGGCGCACGGAUAUGCGGACGACGCGCUUACGACGACGAUUCUGGCAACGCAGGCGCCAUUGAUCGUUGCUCCUGCCAUGGAUGCGCACAUGUAUGACAACGCAGCCACGCAGCAGAAUGUUUCCAUUCUACGGGAGAGAGGCUGUGUUAUAGCCGGCCCAGCGAGUGGGCGGCUGGCAUCCGGGCUUAUCGGAAAGGGGAGAUUGCUGGAAACUCCUGCACUUUUGGGGUGCCUGCGCCAGACCCUAGGACGCCAUGGGGACCUUGAAGGGCGGAGAGUUGUUGUCAGCGCAGGCGGCACACAGGAGCCGAUCGACCCUGUGCGCGUAAUCGCCAAUCACUCGUCUGGCAAGAUGGGCUUCGCCUUGGCGGAAGCAGCAAGGGACAGGGGUGCAACGGUCUCUUUAGUGUCCGCGCCUACCGCACUGCCCGACCCUUUUGGGAUUAAAGUGGUUAGAGUUCAGACGGCGCUUCAGAUGUUGGACGCGUUGCAUAGCGAUGCACCGAUGCCGACGCAUUGA